UGUAUGUCUUGGGUGGAUGGGUGCAUGUGAUGUGCCUGUGUGGAGUGCAUGUUUCUUUGUGUAAAGAGUUUGUCUCUGUGGACGUGUCUUUGUGCAGGUGUCUAAGUGCAGGUGGGUAGCGUGUCUGUGUGGGACGUUUGCCUGUGUUUCUGGGUAUGUGUCUCCGUGCGGUAUGCACAGGCUGUAUGUGCAUGCAUCUGUGUGUGUGCUCGCGCCCGUGUGUUUGUGUGUGGGUGUGUGCACGCAGGGUGGGUGGUAUGUAUGCUUCUUGGUGUGUGCGAGCAUGUGUCUGCUUAUGUGCUGGUGGUGGUUUUGGGCUAGGCUAGCCCUGGGCCUCUGUGGAGGGUAUGUACCAGGGUACCCUGAUAGGGCAGAGUUUGGGCAGAGGGUGAGGAUGGGAGAGUGCCGAGAACGGGCUUCAGGGGGCACAGGACUAAAGUGGGGGCCUGACUGGGCCCUGCCAGCUGUGCAGCUCCUUCCUAGCUGCCCUUUCCCAGGCCCUGAGGGUGCUUGGUUCUGCUGCCCUCCCCCUCCCUGUGGGCUCUGAGGAGGCGUCCCUGUGGAAUGCGUUUGGUGGCCGAGGGCCAGGCUGGGCCCAGCUCCACCAGCAGACUGGGCAGCCGGGAGAGGUACCUUUGUGCUGCCUCCAUGGUGGGGAGCCCACAUGCCUGCAGCCCAGCCCCCAGCUUCAUGCUCUGCUUUCUCCCUGGCUAGGUGACUCUCACACGGGGCAUGCUGUUGUCUCCUGAUCCAGCUGGCCUUGCCAGGUGACCAUGCCUGCCCUCGGCCCAGCUCUUCUCCAGGCACUCUGGGCCGGGUGGGUCCUCACCCUCCAGCCCCCUCCACCGACUGCUUUCACUCCCAAUGGUACGCAUCUGCAGCACCUGGCGCGGGAUCCCACCUCAGGCACCCUCUACCUAGGGGCCACCAACUUCCUGUUCCAGCUGAGCCCUGAACUGCAGCUGGAGGCCACUGUGUCCACUGGCCCUGUGCUAGACAGCAGGGACUGUCUGCCACCUGUGACACCUGAUGAGUGCCCUCAGGCCCAGCCCACCAACAACCCGAACCAGCUGCUCCUGGUGAGCCCCGGGGCCCUGGUGGUGUGUGGCAGUGUGCACCAGGGGGUCUGUGAGCAGCGGCGCCUGGGGCAGCUCGGGCAGCUGUUGCUGCGACCAGAGCGACCUGGGGACACCCAGUAUGUGGCUGCCAACGACCCUGCCGUCACCACGGUGGGACUGGUGGCCCAGGGCUUGGCUGGGGAGCCCCUCCUCUUUGUGGGGCGGGGCUACACCAGCAGGGGUGUGGGGGGUGGCAUCCCUCCCAUCACUACCCGCACCUUAAGGCCGCUGGACCCCCAGGCUGCCUUCUCUUACGAGGAGACGGCCAAGCUAGCUGUGGGCCGCCUCUCCGAGUACAGCCACCACUUUGUGAGCGCCUUUGCACGCGGGGCCAGUGCCUACUUCCUGUUUCUCCGGCGGGACCUGCAGGCUCAGUCUCGAGCUUUCCGUGCCUAUGUGUCCCGUGUGUGCCUCCGGGACCAGCACUACUACUCCUACGUGGAGUUGCCUCUGGCCUGUCAGGGGGGCCGCUACGGGCUGAUCCAGGCUGCGGCUGUCGCCAUGUCUGCGGAGGUGGCCCGGGGGGAGGUGCUCUUUGCAGCCUUCUCCUCUGCCGCUCCCCCCACUGUGGGCCGGCCCCCGUUGGCAGCUGCCGGGGCAUCUGGAGCCUCUGCCCUCUGUGCCUUCCCCCUGGAUGAGGUGGAUCGCCUUGCUAAUCGCACACGCGAUGCCUGCUACACUCGGGAGGGCCGCGCUGAGGAUGGGGCCGAGGUGGCCUACAUUGAGUAUGAUGUCAAUUCCGACUGUGCUCAGCUGCCCGUGGACACCCUGGAUGCUUACCCUUGUGGCUCAGACCACACGCCCAGCCCCAUGGCCAGCCGUGUCCCCCUGGAAGCCACGCCAGUUCUGGAGUGGCCAGGGGUUCAGCUAACAGCCGUGGCGAUCACUGUGGAAGAUGGACACACCAUUGCUUUCCUGGGUGACAGUCAAGGGCAGCUGCAUAAGGUCUACUUGGGCCCAGGGAGUGAUGGCCACCCGUACUCCACACGGAUCAUCCAGCAGGGGUCUACGGUGAGCAGAGACCUCAUCUUUGAUGGGGCCUUCGAGCACCUGUAUGUCAUGACCCAGAGCACGCUUCUCAAGGUUCCUGUGGCCUCCUGUGCUCAGCACCUGGACUGUGCAUCUUGCCUGGCUCACAGGGACCCAUACUGUGGGUGGUGUGUGCUCCUCGGCAGGUGCAGUCGCCAUUCCGAGUGCUCUCGGGGCCAGGGCUUAGAGCGGUGGCUGUGGAGCUUCCAGCCUGAAGUGGGCUGUCUGCGAGUGGCAGCCUUGAGUCCUGCUAACAUCAGCCGUGAGGAGAGGAGGGAGGUUCUCUUGUCGGUACCUGAUCUGCCACCCCUGUGGCCAGGGGAGUCUUAUUCCUGCCACUUUGGGGAAUACCAGAGUCCUGCCCUGCUGACCAGUUCUGGUGUGAUGUGCCCCUCCCCAGACCCUAGUGAGGCUCCAGAGCUGCCGAGAGAAGCCGACCACAUCUCCGUGAGGCUGGAGCUCAGGUUUGGUGCCGUCGUGAUUGCCGAAACUUCCCUCUCUUUCUAUGACUGCAUGGCCGUCACCUUGCUCCGCCCAUCUGCACAGUGCCAGGCCUGUGUGAGAAGCCUCUGGGGGUGUAACUGGUGCGUCUGGCAGCACCUGUGCACGCACAAGGCCUCGUGUGAUGCUGGGCCCAUGGUGGUCAGCCGACAGAGCCCGCCCCUCUCCCCAGCCCCUCCUGCAAGAGACGUACCCACCUCCUUCCCACCCACAGCCCCCAGGGCCACAGUCGCCCCGGCUCCUGACACCCUUCCCGUGGACACUCCUUCCAUAGCCACAGCCUUGGAUGUCCCCCCCGGGGCCAGGCCUUCACUGCUCAGCCCCUGGGGGCCGUGGGCAGGUCCCGGCCCCACACCUGCCUCGGCUUCCACGGGCUCACCUCUCCACGAGGCCCCUCCUCCUCCCAGCCCCCGCCAGAGGCCUGGAACCGCUGUCCCUGACCCCACGGCCUUCGGACCCGUGGCCACAGCCGAGGACCUCUUGGCCUCCCACCCAUCACCCUCAGAUGCAGCAGCACUGCCCCCCGCGCUUGCAGAGCCUGGCCCCGAGGCUCUCCCCUCUGCGGUACCCCUGGACCAGCCCCCUGGCACGGCUCCCGCCACCACUUUCCCAGGGGCCGCUGGCUCCACGAAGCCUGCUCUGGACUGGCUCAUGAGAGAAGGCGGCGAGCUGCCCGAGGCGGACGAGUGGACGGGGGGUGACACGCCCGCCUUCUCCACUUCCACCCUCCUCUCAGGUGAUGGAGACUCUGCUGAGCACGAGGGCCCUCCCGCCCCCCUCAUCCUCCUGUCCAGCCUUGACUACCAGUACGACACCCCUGGGCUCUGGGAGCUGGAGGAGACCACCUUGGGGGCAGGCUCCUGCCCUUGUGUGGAGAGCGUGCAGGGCUCCAGCCUGAUGCCGGUCCACGUGCAGCGAGAAGUGCGACUGCUGGGCAGGAACCUGCGCCUCUUCCAGGACAGCCCAGGAGACCAUGAGUGUGUGAUGGAGCUGGAGGGCCACGAGGUGGUGGUUGAGGCCCGGGUCGAAUGCGAGCUGCCUCCAGAUACCCGGUGCCACGUCACCUGCCAGCAGCACCAGCUCAGCUAUGAGGCUCUGCAGCCAGAGCUCCGCGUGGGGCUGUUUCUGCGUCGGGCUGGCCGUCUGCGUGUGGACAGUGUGGAUGGGCUGCACGUGGUGCUUUAUGACUGUUCAGUGGGACACGAGGACUGCAGCCGCUGCCAAACUGCCAUGCCCCAGUACGGCUGUGUGUGGUGCAAGGGGGAGCAUCCACGCUGCGUGGCCCGGGAGGCCUGUGGCGAGGCUGAGGCUGUGGUCACCCAGUGCCCGGCACCCCUCAUCCACUCGGUGGAGCCACUGACUGGGCCUGUAGACGGAGGCACCCGUGUUACCAUCAGGGGCUCCAACCUGGGCCAACAUGUGCAGGACGUGCAGGACACGGUCAGGGUGGCUGGAGUGCCCUGUGCUGUGGACGCUCAGGAGUACAAGGUGUCCAGCAGCCUUGUGUGUAUCACUGGGGCCAGCGGGGAGGAGGUGGCAGGCGCUGUGACGGUGGAGGUGUCAGGAAGAGGACGCGGCGUCUCAGAGCAUGACUUUGCCUACCAGGACCCAAAGGUGCAUUCCGUCUUCCCAGCCCGAGGCCCCAGAGCCGGGGGCACCAGCCUCACCCUGCACGGCUCCAAGCUUCUGACCGGGCGGCUGGAGGACAUCCGAGUGGUAGUUGGAGACCAGCCUUGUCACCUGCUGCUGGAGCAGCAGGCGGAGCAGCUGCGGUGUGAGACCAGCCCACACGCCACGCCUGCCACACUCCCCGUGGCUGUGUGGUUUGGGGCCGCUGAGCGGAGGCUUCAUCACAGCCAGUUUGAGUACACAUCAGACCCCAAUGUCACCUCUGCUGGCCCCGCCAAGAGCUUCCUCAGUGGAGGACGUGAGAUAUGGGUCCGUGGCCAGAAUUUGGACGUGGUACAGACACCAAGAAUCCGAGUGACUGUGGCCAUGAGAGCACCAGCACCAGGCCAGGGGCUUGGGUGGAGGCGCCGCAUGAUCCCAGCGACGGCGUGCUCCCCCGGAGCCUCCUGUGGCAGCCUUCACUUUGAGGAGCCUUGCCACGUGAACUCCUCCCAGCUCAUCACGUGCUGCACACCGGCCCUCCCAGGCCUGCCUGAGGACCCCUGGGUCCGUGUGGAAUUCAUCCUUGACAACUUGGUCUUUGACUUUGCAACACUGAACCCCACACCCUUCUCCUAUGAGGCCGACCCCACUCUGCAGCCCCUCAACCCCGAGGACCCCACCGUACCAUUCCGGCACAAGCCUGGGAGUGUGCUCUCUGUGGAGGGGGAGAAUCUGGACCUUGCAAUGUCCAAGGAGGAGGUGGUGGCCAUGAUAGGGGACGGCCCCUGCAUGGUGAAGACGCUGACCCGGCACCACCUGUACUGCGAGCCCCCCGUGGAGCAGCCCCUACCCCGGCACCAUGCCCUCCGGGAGGUGCCUGACGCUUUGCCUGAGUUCACGGUGCAGAUGGGGAACCUACGCUUCUCCCUGGGCCACGUGCAGUACGAUGGCGAGAGCCCUGUGGCUUUUCCCGUGGCAGCCCAGGUGGGCUUGGGGGUGGGCACCUCUCUUCUGGCUCUGGGUGUCAUCAUCAUUGUCCUCAUGUACAGGAGGAAGAGCAAGCAGGCUCUGAGGGACUAUAAGAAGGUUCAGAUCCAGCUGGAGAAUCUGGAGAGCAGCGUGCGGGACCGCUGCAAGAAGGAGUUCACAGGUGAGGCUGCGAAGACCCCACGCUCCAGGGCUCUGCCCAAGCCUGCUCCCAUCACCUUGGGAUCUGCGCCCAAACCUGGCUUCUUCUGCUCAACAGACCUUAUGACCGAGAUGACCGAUCUUACCAGUGACCUUCUGGGCAGCGGCAUCCCCUUCCUCGACUACGAGGUGUAUGCCGAGAGGGUCUUCUUCCCUGGGCACCAGGAGUCGCCCUUGCACCGGGACUUGGGCGUGCCUGAGAGCAGGCGACCCACUGUGGAACAAGGGCUGGGGCAGCUCUCCAACCUGCUUAACAGCAAGCUCUUCCUCAUCAAGUUCAUCCACACCCUGGAGAGCCAGCGCACCUUCUCAGCUCGGGACCGCGCCUACGUGGCAUCUCUGCUCACCGUGGCACUGCAUGGGAAGCUUGAGUACUUCACUGACAUCCUGCGCACCCUGCUCAGUGACCUGGUGGCCCAGUACGUGGCCAAGAACCCCAAGCUGAUGCUGCGCAGGACAGAGACCGUGGUGGAGAAGCUGCUCACCAACUGGAUGUCCAUCUGCCUCUAUACUUUCGUGAGGGACUCGGUAGGGGAGCCUCUGUACAUGCUUUUCCGUGGAAUUAAGCAUCAAGUGGACAAGGGGCCGGUAGACAGCGUGACUGGCAAAGCCAAAUACACCCUGAACGACAACCGCCUGCUCCGAGAGGACGUGGAGUACCGUCCCCUGACCUUGAAUGCACUACUGGCUGUGGGGCCUGGAGCGGGAGAAGCCCAGGGCGUGCCCGUGAAGGUUCUGGACUGUGACACCAUCUCCCAGGCCAAGGAAAAGAUGUUGGACCAGCUUUAUAAAGGCGUGCCUCUUGCCCAGCGGCCUGACCCCCGCACCCUGGACGUCGAAUGGCGGUCUGGGGUGGCCGGGCAUCUCAUUCUUUCCGACGAGGACGUGACUUCUGAGGUCCAGGGUCUGUGGAGGCGCCUGAACACCCUGCAGCAUUACAAGGUCCCAGACGGAGCAACUGUGGCCCUCGUCCCCUGCCUCACCAAGCACGUCCUCCGGGAAAGCCAGGAUUACGUCCCUGGAGAGAGUCUUGGUACAGGGACCCCAAUGCUGGAGGAUGUGGACGAGGGGGGCAUCCGACCCUGGCACCUGGUGAAGCCAAGCGAGGAGCCGGAGCCGCCCAGGCCUCGGAGGGGCAGCCUCCGGGGCGGGGAGCGGGAGCGAGCCAAGGCCAUCCCUGAGAUCUACCUGACCCGCCUGCUGUCCAUGAAGGGUACCCUGCAGAAGUUUGUGGAUGACCUGUUCCAGGUGAUUCUCAGCACCAGCCGUCCCGUGCCGCUCGCUGUGAAGUACUUCUUUGACCUGCUGGACGAGCAGGCCCAGCAGCAUGGCAUCUCGGACCAGGACACUGUCCACAUAUGGAAGACCAACAGCUUGCCGCUGAGGUUCUGGAUCAAUAUCAUAAAAAACCCGCAGUUUGUGUUCGACGUGCAGACAUCUGACAACAUGGAUGCGGUGUUCCUGGUCAUUGCACAGACCUUCAUGGAUGCCUGCACCCUGGCUGACCACAAGCUGGGCCGGGACUCUCCCAUCAACAAACUUCUGUAUGCUCGGGAUAUUCCCCGGUACAAAAGGAUGGUGGAAAGGUAUGAGGGAAAGGGAUUGCAUCUGGGGGAUAACGGGUGGACAGAUUGGUGGGUGUUUACAGCUGAAGCCCAGGGGUGGGCCUGGUGGGGUGAGGAGGGGUUUGUUUCCCCAGUGGCUGCCGGACCCAUGAUCUCUGGCAGGUACUACGCAGACAUCAGACAGACCAUCCCCGCCAGUGAUCAAGAGAUGAACUCCAUCCUGGCCGAGCUGUCCCGGGUAUGGCCCUCCUUCUGCUUCUUGGGUUGGGCACAGGCUUUCUGCCACAAGGGUCCUGCCCCCUUCACACUGCUCCUUUGCAGGGAAGCCCUGGGGGCCUCAGCACAGUGUUCCCGCUGCCUCUGUAAAAGACCAGGGCUCCCAGUGUCUCAUCAGAGAGCAGCAGGGGCCUUGUCCUGGCAGCUGCCACCUAACCUGACUCAGCCAGGUGUUUAGAUGUCUGCAGCCCCUUGGGGUCUAUGGACCAUAGUUCCAAGGCAGCGAGGUAGCGGGGAUUCAGCUCCAGGACUGCCUGGGUCAGCCUGUCCACGUCUUCCUACUCUUCUGCUUUCCUUGGCACUAUAGACAUGCCCCCACCUACUCCUAAAACAGCCUCCAAACAGUCCAGUCCAGGGAAUUUAUAAACAAUGUAAAUCUGAAACCAUGAUGAUGAUGACCACAACCACAAUAACAAUAGCAGCUACAGUUUUGGGGUGUUGCCGUGUGUGGGGUACUGUGAUUACUUCUCAUUUGAUUCCCAUAAAAGCUCUACAAGUUAAGUGAUAUCAACUCCAUUGUCCUGAAGAGGAGGCUGAGGUUCAGAGAUGUCCCCAUGGAGGGGCCUGGGUGUGACCUCAGGAAAGACUUGAAUGAGGUUAGAGCAGAACUAUGCUGGGUCACAGCCUGUGAGCAGCACCUAUUCUGCCUGGCUCUGUGAUCGCCUGGGAUGCCGGAGGGUCCCAGCUGGAGCCUGGAGGGGGAGAGAGGUCGAGCCCCAGUGGAGACCCCAGGCCACGGUGAAACUACAGAUCCAGGGUCUCUCCACCAAGGAGGCCCUUUGGUCCUAUCCUGUCCCCAGCUUAGCACGUCUAGCCUGGCACCCCCUGUCUGUGGAGGGGCUCUGCUUCCCAAUGCAGGGCCCUGUUCCUUCCUCUACCUCCCAGCCCCCUCUUCCCCACUCUCCUUGCCUGGGGUCCUGGGCCUCCUCUGGUGGCUGGCAGCACCCCCUAUCUUUGUAACCUCUUGUCUCUCC